AUGUCUACCUAUCAAAAGUCGCUGAAUGCGUCAAACAUUGGCUACAAGGCUACAGCGCCGAGCCAGAACGGAUCAAAUCUUGAGAUGCAUGCAUAUGCGGCGAAUUCGAACACUUCGACUCCACCGGGUGAGCGUCUUAGCUGCAGCGAUAUCGCUACGACAGCUGAGAACUCUAGUCCUCGCAACAUCCAUGGCUGGAAGUGGGUCAUUACAUACGCGGCCAUGCUAUCUACCACCCUCCUCUUCGCCCUCGACAACACCAUCAUCGCCAUUCUCCAACCGGUCAUCAUCAACGACUUCGGCCACCCGGAGCUACUAGUCUGGAUCGGCACCGGUUUCGCCCUCGGUACCAUGUUCAUCCUGCUCUGGGGCAAAAUCUACGGCGUCUUUAAUAUGAAGUGGGUGUACAUCUUCAAUAUCUUUUUGUUCGAAGCAGGCAGUGCUAUUUGUGGUGCUGCUCCGAAUAUACAGAUUUUGGUUAUUGGACGAGUUAUUGCAGGCAUUGGGGGCUCGGGUAUAUACUCGGGCACUAUAACGUAUGUGUCAGUUCUGUCGAAUGAGCAGGAGAAGGCGGCGUACCUUGCUGGGAGUACGGUUGUUUGGGGGGUGGGCAGUGUGCUGGGUCCAGUGAUUGGCGGGCUCAUUGCUGCGAACCCGGCUACCUGGCGAUGGGGAUUUUACCUCAACCUUCCCAUCGGCAUUGUCUUUGCUCCUGUUUACUUUUUCCUCUUCCCCAGUCUCGAUCCUUAUCCGUCCAAGACUCUCGCCGAAAAGCUCCACCUCGUCGACUGGAUCAACGCGGCCAUCUUUCUCACUGGCUCCGUCUGCCUGACCAUCGUACUCACUUUUGGUGGCGUCAUAUACCCUUUUGGCUCCGGGACUGUGAUCGCGCUAUGGACCAUCACAGGCAUCCUCCUCAUUGCCUUCAUCGUCAUGCUGAAGCUGCACCCGUUAGUCACCAAGUCGAACCGGCUAUACCCACUACAUUUCCUCAAGAGGGCCAUACUGAUAAACAUGCAACUCCAAGUCUUCCUCUCGUCAGGAAUCAUUCUAGCGAUGACUUACCACAUUCCGCUGUAUUUUCAAUUUGUUAAAGGCGACACCGCACUCGUCGCAGGAAUCCGCCUCCUCCCCCUACUUCUCUUCAUAGUCGUCACAUCAGUGAUCAACGCCUUCCUAAUGCCUCGAUACGGCCUGAUCCCCCUUUGGUAUAUCGGCGGCAGCACACUCGCACUCAUCGGUUCAGCACUCAUGUACACCGUCGACGUCACCACGCCCAAUGCCGCAAUCUACGGGUACAACAUCCUCGUCGGAACGGGUGCGGGGUGCUACAUCGUCGCUGGUUUUGCUAUUAUGCAGUCUCUAGUCCCCGUUUACGAUAUACCCAAUGCUGUUGGUGCGAUGACUAUAUCGCAGAGUCUGGGUAGGGUGAUCUUUCUCGCUAUGAGCGGGAGCCUGUUUCAUAAUGUGGCUGUUGAGAAGGUGGGGAAGGUAAUACGUGACAUAGAGCCCAAGGAGAUUAGGAACUUGAUUGCGGGAUCGAGUAGUAGAGCUGUUCGGGCGCUGGAUGAGGGAGAGCAGGCAUUGGUUGUGACGGAGAUUGCCGAAGCUAUGAAAAGUGUGUGGGCGCUUUUCGUCGCGGCUGCUGCGCUGAGUGUUGUGUGUUCUGUUCCGCUGUUGAGAUCGAAAUUCGGUGGUAGAGGGAAAAUGGCGGCGGUGACGGCGGCGUAG